AUGUCUAGCAGUGGAAACUCUAAGCGGUCUACUCGAAAACGGCGGGCUUUUUCGUGGGGUGAUAUGCCCCAAGGCGCACCCUGGGACCUGACGGACCAGCCGAGCAAGUGGACUCCAGACAUGACGAACACUCCAAUCCUGGAUAUAGACACAUGGGUGCGACGGCCAGUUGAAGAGCGCCGGAAGGAGACAGAGCAGAAAGGAAGGGUUCCACGGCCCAUGAACUGCUUCAUGCUGUACCGGUGGGCCAAUACAGAAAGUAUCAGAAGACUAUCGCAACGGCACAACCCUCGAGACAUCUCCUCUAUUGCGGGAAAAAGAUGGAGGGAAGAACCACAGAGAGUCCGCGACAAAUUCCAACAAUUAGCCGAGAUUGAGCACGACGGUCAUGCCGAAGCGCAUCCAGGCUACAAAUUCAAAAGGAAGGCGCGAAAAAGGCAAUCCAUUGCCAAUUCCGUGGCGCAUCUUGGGAGUUCUGAACCUUCCGAGCAUAACAGUUGUGACUGGUCUUCCGUACAGGAGUUUGAAACUGGCAUCCAAACCCCUAACAAUUAUCCCUGCUCGGGCACUCAUCCCGAAGAUAUUCCGGAAACCCUCGUCGCUCCCAUUGAAGGUGUUCUCCAAGGAGGCUGCUUCAAGGGCUUGAUUAUGCUUCCUAGAGAACCGCACUAUGACUUGCUGUGUCCCCAGCCAAUCCACCCCCUUACUAACCCUCUCAUCGAUGGGAGCUAUGUGGACCCUCGAUGGCAAGGAAGCCUGUGGCAUCUAUAG